AUGGCAAAGUCUGAGAAUCGAGAAGCUGGCUUCGCCAAGAGGCGCGCGAGUUUGUUCAAGAAGGCACAUGAACUUGCAGUUCUUUGCGAUGCUCAAAUCGCCAUUAUCAUUAUUUCCUCUCAAGGCAAAGUCCAUGAAUUUGCUACUUCUAGCAUGCAGGAAAUACUAACAAGAUACAAAACGUGCAAUGAGAUUAAAAAUCGUAAUGCGAAUCAAGAGAAUCCCGAGGAAGAGGUGCCGAAGGAGGCUGGUGUCUCCGGACAGCAGAAGGAAGACGAACUCAAAUCAAGGCAGUUAUACACUUUACUUUACUAA